AUGAAUUCACAUCCAACAGUCAGAUUUAAUGAUCCUCUGGUGACUGAGUAUUAUUCGAUGGAUGUAGAUGAUUCAACACAGUCCCGGACAUCAACAGAUGAUUUAUACCUUGGGCCAGAUGAUGAAAUAGAAGAUGAUUCCGUGUCUUCCAGUGGUCCGGGCGUGUUGGCUGCAAUCCCCGGUACAUUUAUCACUUGGAUAUUACCAUGCAUGCUCACUAAACUCGUACAGAUCAAUUACCUCCAGGCUCAAUACGAUCAAUCAGUUCAGUACAUCGACCCAGACUUGUACCUUGGGCCUGAUGAGGAUCUGAUUGAUUGUGAUGAUGAGCCUGGGCUCUGUCUAUGCACGGUUUUCAAUGUCAUACCUGCUGAACGCAUUCCAGCACAUCCAGAGGUCACAAAUGAAGAUUUGCAUGCAAUGGUUUGUGAGUUCCAGCCAAUAGGGUCAUUCAAACACUCCGGAUUGAAAUCCCUUCAAGAUAGACUCAGCAGCUACAAACAAGAUAAUGGAGGUCUUCCGGCCCCUUCCAUACCACUACUCAUUGAGGCCGAGCAACCAUUUUGA